ACUAACCUCUGAACAGAAGCCCCCACUCCACCUGUGACACCAUGACCGAGUCGUGCUGCUGCUCCCCUUGCUGCCAGCCUACGUGCUACAGGACCACCUGCUGCAGGACCACCUGCUGCAGGACCACCUGCUGCCAGCCCAGCUGCUGCGGGUGCAGCGGCGGCUAUGGACAAGGUGGCAGCGGGUCCAGCUGCUGCGGGUCCAGCUGCUGCCAGCCUUGCUGCUGCCCCCCAACUUGCUGUCAGACCACCUGCUGCAGGACCACCUGCUGUCGGCCCAGCUGCUGUGGGUGCGGCGGCAGCGGCUGUGGACAAGGCGGCAGCGGGUCCAGCUGCUGCGGGUCUAGCUGCUGCCAGCCUUGCUGCUGCUUCUGCCCAACUUGCUGCCGCACCACCUGCUGCAGGACCACCUGCUGCCACCCUUGCUGUGUGUCCAGCUGCUGCCAGCCUUCCUGCUGCUGAUUGCCUCACCAAGAACCACC